AUUCAAACAGAGAUUCUUGUGCAGUCUGAACUUCACUAACAAACGACCAUGAGCGUGAGACUGUGUGCAGUGCUGGCCCUGCUGAUUGGGACACUUUGCAUCAACUUAUCACAGGCGAAGCCGACUGCGGUUCUGAACCGCUGUAUGUGCAGAGGAGGAGCAGCUCAAAUCAAUGUACGAAACAUCAAAGGACUGCAGCUUAUCCCCAUCCCAAACUGCCCAAUCCAGCUCAUAGCCACUUUGAAGACUGGGCGGAAAAUUUGCCUUCAUUCCAAAUUUUUGUCCCUUUGGAGAAACAAGGUAAAUAGACCUUCCAAGAUGUGAAUGAGGACAGAAAAUGAAGCCAUAAGCCACCGGAGUGUGGGCAUUAGUGCAUGCUCACACCAACAACGCCCCGCGCACUGUCACGUUUCUGUCUCAUCGCCAGCCUGCCUCAGCCGCUUUGCAAGGCUCCACACCCAACCCUCUGUCCGUUACAUGCCGAAUCCAGCUAGCUGUACCAUGGCGCACGCACGCAUACAUCUGUCAGCGGUGCCAUCGAUAUUUAUUUAAAUAGAGCACCUCCAAGUAUACUUUGUGCUGUCCAACUCCAAGGUUAGAUGUUAUUGUUAAAGUAAAUUGUGAUGGGCUCCAGGCUGAUGGAGAACCCUGGUCAGUUGUACCAAACACAUUUCAGUAACGCAUCAGCCUGUUACGUUCAGCCUGUGGAGAACAGCUCCCUGUUGCUGUCAUCCUGUAUGUUUGGAAUUACUAACAGAUGAAAAGCUUCUCAUUAUAGUGGCCUCCAGGGUAGCUGCUGCCAAAUAUUGGUGAUCAGACUGAAUUUCUUAUUGAAAGAAAUAUCCGCUCCAUGUCUACAAAGUUAAUACAUUCAUGCAACACCAGAUGCGAUGAUUUCUGAAGAUGAUUCCUUCUGGCAGGUCUAAAGCUAUAGGAGGGAAAGCAGGAAUUCCUUCCUUGCUUUGGUGAGAAUUCCCAUCUCAACAGCAGCAGGGAUCCCAGUGACAGGGUUAAGCACUGCGAGGGGAUGGAGAGCAGUACCAUCGUACUAGCAAUGUGGCUACUCCAAUCCUCAUUUUCCCCUUGCUGGAAGCUUGUUUCCAGAGCCUAGUUGUUCAUGUUAGGUGGAUGGAGCCUUGCUCUUGGAUUUUGCCCAGAGUCACCUCUGGUGGUUUCACAAGGCCCAGACAAUGUUCAGUGGCCACCAUGGUUUUCCCCUCUGUGGGGAAGAGUGAGGCCACUUCAUAGUGUCUCCCAGUUGUAGCUUGGCUCAGAUCAGGAGCUCACCAUCUGCGGCAGGCAUGGACUCUGAACUUCUGCUUUGUAGCAUGGGUCAGAUCUAUUCCUCAGAGGCAGGGAGCCUUAGAUCAACAAUGUGCUACCUAACUCAGUCCAACCAGACUCGAGAUCCAGCCAGGCCUUUAGAUGGAGAAUGAAUGGUAUCGAUGGACUGACUGAAUCUUGUUGUCCUCCAUGAUGGGAGUCAUCAUUUAGACUACAAACCCACAACUUAUUGGCUACCUUUGCAAAUCACAGCUACUGAUAGAUGGAAGCCAUUGUAAACAGUCUUUAGGAUUGCCAUUGGAGUAUGUUAUUGCUUUUUUGUACAUAUUGGAAUUUACUAACUACUCCUCUUGUUAUGUGCAAGUUUUUCGAAAGCACCCUUAAACUGGUUCAGUGGAAUCUGAGCAAAAGCUUCUGAUUUUCUCACACGGUGCCUAAAAACCAUCGAUGUCUUUUUCCUCAUUGUGUCUUUCCCCAUUAUGUCCCAUAAAAUGUGAACAUUUAACAGAGAACUGUCUUCAAGAACCAAAAUUUAACACUCUUUCUCCUCAAAAGAACAAUUAUAACAACUGAUUGUCCAAGCAACAUCUUGCACAUCUGAUGUGCUGAGUGCUGUAAGUCUUUUCAUUGUAUGUUUGUCAUUGAAACGUUCUUGCUUCUUUUUAAAGAAAAGGAGUAUAAUUGAAGCUGUCAUAUUCUACUAAUUGAAAGACAUGGACUACUUUUUUAUACUGUUUCUUUGUAACAAAUUACAAUACUUUUUAAAAGAAUAAACUUUUUAAAUAAUUACAAAAA